AUAUUGUGAACCAUGUUGGUUAUUCACAAGUAGGGCAUCUAAAAAUAUACAAAAUAUUUGGAUGGAAGGCUAUGAUGAUUGGAAACAUAUUGUGGAAGCCAUAGAAAGACAUGAGACAUCGAAAGAACAUUUGCAUUCAUGCUUUGUACAUCGACAGUGGCAAUUACAUGGAACACUAGAUGAAGAGCAAGAGUCCAUUAUCAAGAGAGAAAAUAAUUUUUGGCGCCAGGUACUCACUAGACUCCUUGAUGUUACUCUAACACUUUCAACUUGUAAUUUAGCUUUUCGUGGCCAUAGAGAACUGGUAUAUGCCCACGAUUCAGGUCCAAAAGGAAAUUUUUUGAGUAUUGUUGAGUUAUUAGCCAAAUACGAUCCUAUUUUACAAGAGUUGCUAAGCAAACCUAAGGGCCAGAUUAAAUACUUAAGUCCAAAAAUACAAAAUGAGCUCAUUGCUGUUCUGGUUCAAAAAGUGGAAAAUGCUCUGGUAAAUGAAAUAGUAACCGCACCAUUUUAUUCCAUUUUAUUUGAUACUACUCAAGAUAUUUCCAAAACAGAUCAAUUGUGUGAACUUUACCGUUACUGUAUAAUCGAGAAAGAUGAAAAUGGAACUCCAAAGACUCUUGUAAUUAAAGAGUCAUUUUUAGGAUUUCAUGAGGUUAAGGAUCAAACUGCCUUAGCAAUGUCCAAGCAGAUAAUAAAAUCCAUAAAUGACAAAAGUAUUUCUCUCAAUAAGUGCCGUGGACAAGGGUACGACGGAGCUAAUACCAUGAAAGGCACUUAUGGCGGAGUUCAAAAACUCAUAAGAGAUGUAGAGCCAAAUGCAGUUUAUGUCCAUUGUGCUGCUCAUAAUUUAAAUUUGGUGGUAAAUGAUGCAGUAAAAGAGGUCAUAGAAAUACAAACAUUAUUCGAAACUGUGCAACAAAUUUAUAAUUUUUUUGGCCAUAGUAUUAAACGAUGGAAUAUAUUAUCUAGUUUUAUAUCUGACAAUAAAGGAGAGACCCGGGUAUCAUCAAAUUCAGUAACAUUAAAAACAAUGAAUCCAACUAGAUGGGCAGGACGCUUCGAUGCCAUGUUUGCUUUAAAAGUUCGGUUUGUUGAUGUUCAAAAAGCGCUUACAAAAACUAUUUUGUUAAAUUCCAAAACAGAUGAGAGAAAUGAAGCUAUCUUGCUGAAGAAGAAGAUAGAAAACUACAAUUUUAUUAUGUUGUUAGUUUUCCAUUGCAAAGUCUUGCAAACUAUAGACGCGGCUUCUAAAGCACUUCAGUCUAAAGCCAUCGAUCUUUCAAAUGCUUCAAAGCGUUUACAAGUAUGUCUAGAACAACUUGAAAAGUAUCGAAAUGAAUUUGAAGAUUUAAAAAUGGAGGCAAAUAGUAUUGCAACGAAAUGGUCUAUAAACCCUGAAUUUCCUAAAACUCGUCAGAGAAAAGUGAAACGUCAUUUUGAUGAAAUUUGUGAGGAUGAACGUCUCCAAGAUCCUGAAAGCUUGUUUAAAGUGAACGUAUUCUAUCGUGUAUUAGACAUAAUCAUUAAUCAACUGAGAUCGCGUUUCCUUGGAAUGAAUGAAAUUGUUUCCAAUUUCAGUGUCUUGCAACCUGCCACUUUACAAAAUUUGAACGAUACUGAUUUGUUGGAGAAGGCUUUAGCGUUUGUCCAUCUAUAUAAAGAAGAUAUAUCCAUCUCGUUUUGCAAGGAAAUUCUCAGUUUUCGAUCCUCUUUUAGACACGAAAUAGAAACAUCAUCUUCUAUAAGAGAACUUGCUGACUUAUUAAUAAUAAAAAAUCAUUUUAUAUCUUCAAGCGUUCCUGAAGUGUGCACUGCAUUUCUAUUAUUUCUCACCAUUCCUGUGACUACGGCUAGUGCCGAGCGAUCGUUUUCAAAACUGAAAUUGAUAAAAACUUAUUUAAGAAAUUCUAUGGGACAAGACAGGUUAAGCAACUUAGCUAUUCUAUCCAUCGAAAAUUCUAUGGCCCGAAAUUUGAACUUUGAUGAUAUCAUUACCACUUUUGCUGAACAGAAAGUCCGAAGGAAGGAAUUUUAAUAAUUAACAUUUUAUAUUUUGAACAACUUGUGUGCUUUUAACAAUAUGAUUAUUCGGACUGCGUAUAUCAAAUUGCUUUUUUUGUUGUUCAAAUCAUUUUGACUACUCUAUGUGCCCAUAUCAAUAAGAUGCUGACUGUACUUUUUUUUUUUUUUUUUUUAUUUGAAAUGGGCUUGCUCUUGACCACAAUCAUGUCUAAGCUAUGAUGUGGUCUACGAUGGAGCGAGCUUACCCAGAAGAUGCCUAUUCACGUUACUUUUGAAACACCCAGGGUUAUAAUUAGGUAUUUUUAUUUUAAAGUGAAUUAUUAGAAAAUCAAGUACCUAAGUAUAAUUAUAAAGUUUGUAUGUACCUACUUAACGUAGUGAUUUAUUAUUGUACUCUUACAAGUAAAAGUGUAUAAAUAAGUAUUAUAAAAUAAAAAAAUAUUAUUAUUGUUGGUUCAUUUUUUUUAAAUUGGGGGGAGGGGCCCAUCCGAUGAAUUUGCCACGGGCCUCGAACGGUAUAGUUACGCCACUGGUAGGUAGGUACGGAACUUUAUUUUUAGAAGGGCCUUAUAGCACCAUAAUGUAAUAAAAACAUCUUAGACACUAUUUAAACUUACAAAACGUCUUAGAAGUAUGUAAUAUUUUUUUAAAAUACUUAAAUUAUUUCUUUAUGAUAUCGCUACCUAUAUUUUCCACGUGUAUAACGUACUUGUGUUAUAAGUGUAAUGCAAAAUUUAUUAAGAAAGCGACUUUAUGAAAAGAUACUUACCAAAUUGCCGCUACGUUUUAUUGUAUAGGUGUGUCACCCAUUACGCAUUUGCUUUCUAUAAGUACACUAUAAACCAAUUCUGCUCAACCAAUUAAGGAGGUACUUAGACCAUUUUCCGUUUCCAUGUCAGUUGCAACAUUUUCACUAGUUUAAGUUAUGUUUGCACAAAUAAAUCGGAGAGGGUAGUAUUGUUCACAAUUAAAAUCCCGUAGUAGGUACCUAUGCUAGGUCCGUUUUACUUAAGUACUUACAUACUCUAAUAUGUAAUUCGGUAAACCUCAGUGAUCUCUAAAUCAAUUAAUUAGAGCCGUCGAAUCUGAUUCUCAAACAUCUUACAUACAAUAAGAGCAGACGCAGUACAUAACUUACUUCCUCUGCGCUAAUUUUCAAAUAGACAAACAAAACAUGCAAUAUUGUAAUAUUAUCGUGUUUGCGUUUUACCUACUGCCUUUUUUAAUAAUAGAUCCAAACAGCUUUUUCCAAUCCAUCGCGACAAUAGAACAAUGAGAACAGUUUUUUGCCAUGUUAAUCUAUAAAAAAAGGCGUAGCCGGGUAGGUAAUCCCAAUAAUUUAACAUAAGUAAGUAAGUACUUACUUCACAUACAAAAGUACAUGUACUUAUGUUGAAUCAAGUGGAGGGGCUUGGCCCCCACCUGCCUAUGCCCUUAUCUGGAUUAGUUUAUUGUCGGGGUUGGAUCGAAGAUUAAGAUUAAAAUAAAAAAAAAUGUUACAAUUCAAAUUAUAGUAAUUUAAUACGGUUUAAUAAGAAAUUGACACACAAGCAAUGUAGUCUUAUUUCCAAUUCGCGUUUGUGUGUUUAUAUGUGCGUUGAAUGGCCUGACUACUUUACGGACUAAGAGCGGAAAAAGGAGCCCAUAACCAAUAAACAAUGCAUGUUAAAUACAUUUUUGGAAUCGAUACCUAAUUUAAAUCAACAUUGUUUUUGAAUGUUUGUUACUUAGUUGGCAAUUUAAAUUAAGCACCGACUGCAAAAAUAUAUAUUAUUGUGUUAGUUUUGGGAAAAUACAUAAAACCACAAUCCACCUACUCGUUUUCACCUCUGCUAACAUUGUGUCAAAAAUAAUUUAUGCGAUUAGGACCAAUUUCAAUCCCUUUGUAAAUUUCUUAUCGUUGACAGUUUCACGGGAAGUUAUUGCGUUCCAUUCCUCUCUUCAGAAUAACUGACGCCCAACUUAACAGUCAGUAGGAAGCUAUCAUGUCCGAUUCAGCGGACUAGCAUCCGGUGUUUCCAGCCCGCUGUUUUCAGUUCCAAUGAACGUGGGUUCCGUUGCAUCCAAAAAUCUCAUUCAUAAGAAUCAAUAAAACUUAAAAUUCUAUGAGGUUACUGCGUUUACUAUUUACUAACAAAAAAUCAAACUUUCCACUAAAAGAUAGUCUAUCCUAGAUAUAUAUACAAGACAUUCUUUAAUAUAAAAAAAUAAAAAAAUCCCAUUUAACAGCGUAGUCCAGAGGAAGACGACCUCAUUUCUCUCAGCGCCAGGAAAUGGCCCGAAAGCUUCCUUUCGGGCGGUGUUUGCGCAGUCAAUAAUAGAUUUCAUUCGUUUUGAUUUAUUGAACCUCAACAUAAAAGCUGUCGAUGACGUAGUCGGUAGUUCACGCUCGAUAUACGAACUAAAAUAAAUACUUACUUUUACUCGUGUAUAUUGGUAACUAUACAUAUAUUAAGUACCUAAUAUUAUACAGUUUGUUUACUUUCUUGUAAGGGGCUAAUAUUUCGGGGCGCUACAUAAUAAAAUAUUGUAUAGUGGCAUAACGAACGGCUACAUAAUGUAAGCACCAAUGUCGUUUAUGUUUAAUAAUAAACAAUAUUCUGAAGCAUACAUGUGACUGGGGACAGUACAAUAACGUAAUCGUGUUUCGAAUGGCAAAUUCGCGAGUGAAUUUCCUUUCCAUUCCGGGCUCCGGAAGUGGCCGUUCUUUAUGUCGUUGUUCCUUAACAUGCAAACUCUUCAUCACAUUCGAGUCAAUAACACCUAUUGAUAUAAAACUCUACGGAAUUAUAAACAUAUUUUUCAUUUAUCAAAUUCCAACUACAUAUUUUAUUCGACCGCAGUACCUAAAUGCGUGUAUUUAUUGCGUGAAAUUAAACAGAGUUCGAAUUAGUCUUUUUAGUGGAAUUAAGAGAAUAACAUUAGUUCCUCGAACACGUACGUUUUAACGAGAUCAUUAUGUGGUAAGAAUAGAGGUGGGUAGCAGGCGUGAAGAGUCCAAUAAAAUGCCACGAUUGUUGUGUGUGAACAAUGCUUCCACUGACAGACACUGAAGUUACCCGUUAAGAAACGUAUAGCCCUCGUCUCUUACAAUAUUCUUUAUUUUACAUCUGAAAUUUACUUUUUUUAUUGUAAAAAAAAAUACUUUAAAAUAAAUUGCGGCAAGAAGUCCAUAAGCAGCAUAACGAGUGCGUGUCAGUCAUCACGGGUGUACGCUCCGCCCUUAUCACGCUACAAAUAUCUCGUCGCGACACUCACCGAACAGCACAUGAUUUAUAAUGUUUAUGUCUCUGUAAAUCGCUGCUCGUUCGCAAAUAAGAUUUAAAUUGUUCGUCUCGCGUGCCAGACGGAACCAAGAAUUGACGACGAGCGUGAAGGUUAAAUACAGUUGAAAUGAAAUAUCAGCAUGCGGUGUUUAGAGUUAGCUGCUUCCUGGAAAUCCGACUGUAGCAGACGUUUCUCGCACGUUCCGCGCUAUUUGCCGACUUUAUAAACGAGUGUUCAUAUUAAAUUUAGAAAUUUAUAAACUGUACAUGGUCUAAAUAAUUAUUGUUGCCAGAGUUUGCCGACAGAUCUUUAUAGUUUACUUCCUCUUUUAUCUAGCUAUGUGUUUAGUACCUACAUAAUACAAGUUUUAUAUUCAUUCGGUUUUAUGCGAGUACCUACGGACUAAACCUUAAAAAUUUCUAUGCAAAUCGAUAAAAAGAAAUUUUAAUUUCCGCAAUGUUUUACAGUAGGUAGCCGCAAAUAGUUCGACAGCUGCACAUCGUUUAGAAUGCAACUCACACGCGCACAAGCCGUAAAUUCAAAUAUGGUCGCUACAAAUCGCAAUUAGCAUUAGCUAUACAUACAGGAACUUUUUAUAUUGCAAACUGCCACUUACGUUACUACGUAAGAGUAACCGAUUAUUAUAAUUUUAGUAUUCCCACCAAUUAUCUAAGUAUUAUAAUAAAGACCAAUUUCUAU